UAGUUAUGUUAUGUUAGAUUAGAUUAGUUAGAUUAGUUAUGUUUCUGCUCUUUGUGCUCUUUUGUAAUCGUCCAUUUUCUUGCUUCGGCUCAGCCUUUCUUUAAUUCUUAUUUUAUGCUCAUUUCACCAUGUUCCACCCAGCAUUCCCAAGAUGGCAGUGUGACAGGAGUGCGCAGGCUCUGGAAUGACAGCCUUGGAUUUGAAUGCUGCUCUGACACCUACCAGCCGUGUGCCCUUAGGCAAGUUCGACUUCUCAGAGCCUGUGUUUCUUCUGUAAAAUGGAAUUAAUUGCUGCUUUGCAAUGCUGGUGUGAGAACAGACACCUUGCAGGGAAACCCUUGGCUUAUGGAAGCAUAGUCAGUGUAAACCUUUUAAGCAAUAGCACGGAGUCCCGUUACCACAUAUCAUCUUCAGAAACCAGGGCUCUUGGUGUCCCACAGGCUGCUGAGCCUUGUGACCCUUCAACCACUUGUCAGGGAGGAGGCUUUUGAAAUAUAUCUUACAUUUAUUUGGUUUUGAUUAGACUUCAUUGGCCGAGAUAGCAACCAGUCUACACUGGGCACAUGGCACCUAUAUCUGGGGGCAAUUUUCCUGGGCAGAGCCCCAGUUGACCAGAGCAGAUUCUGAAGGAAAUUCCGAAGAUGGAUUAGAGGUUCAGAUCCCCAGGCAGAAGAGGGAAAGUUACCUACAGUCGUGAAAGCCAGGGCUGUCUUCAAUAUCUGAAGAACCUUUUCUGCAGGAGUCAUACCUGUUCUCUGUUGGCCCAGGUGACCAUGGGGACACAUUCCAGUUAGGCAGAAGGUGGAACAGCCUAAAGGUCAAUGUCAUACAGAGGUGGAAUGCAUAGUGUGCAAAUUCUGGAGCCUUGCUCUGCAAAGAGGAGAAUAUUAGGUCAUUGGGCCUGAUUAAGGUCUCUUAAAGCUUCGAAGUUUCAUGAAUUUUACCUUUUUUGGUUGAUCCAGUGCCAUGAGUAUGUAUAACUUUGUCCUUCAGCAAAUGUUCCUUGAGUUUCCACCAUGGGUUAGAUCCUGGGCCGGUAGCUUAAUCCCUCAAAGGCCACAGGAGCCAUUUGUCUACUGGAAGAGAAUCAUGACAGACACUUGGAAUACAGAUUGCAUUGUGCUAACACAGUCCACCUGACCCCGGUCUCCACAGCUAAGAAUGGAGUGAGUAGCAAGAGUCGAAAGAGAAUCAUGCCUGACCCAGUGACCGAGCCUCCCGUGAUGGACCCCGUUUACGAAGCUCUUUUGUACUGCAACAUCCCCAGUGUGGCUGAGCGCAGCAUGGAAGGUCACGCCCCGCAUCAUUUUAAGCUGGUCUCCGUGCAUGUGUUCAUUCGACACGGGGACAGGUACCCGCUGUAUGUCAUUCCCAAAACGAAGCGACCAGAAAUUGACUGCACUCUGCUGGCUAACAGGAAACCAUAUCACCCUAAACUGGAAGCUUUCGUUAGUCACAUGUCAAAAGGAUCCGGAGCCUCUUUCGAAAGCCCCCUGCAUUCCCUGCCGCUUUACCCCAAUCACGCACUGUGUGAGAUGGGCGAGCUCACGCAGACAGGAGUCGUGCAGCAUUUGCAGAAUGGCCAGCUGCUGAGGGACAUCUAUCUAAAGAAACACAAACUCCUGCCGAAUAACUGGUCCACAGACCAACUUUACUUGGAGACCACUGGGAAAAGCCGGACGCUCCAGAGUGGGCUGGCCUUGCUUUAUGGUUUUCUCCCUGAUUUUGACUGGAAGAAGAUUCAUUUUAGGCACCAGCCAAGUGCUCUCUUCUGCUCCGGAAACUGCUAUUGUCCCCUGAGAAACCAGUAUCUGGAAAAGGAACAGCGUCGGCAAUACCUCUUACGUUUGAAAAACAGCCAGCUGGAGAGGACCUACGAGGACAUGGCCAGGAUCGUGGAUGUCCCCACCAAACAGCUUCGAGCAGCCAACCCCAUAGACUCCAUGCUCUGCCACUUCUGCCACAACGUCAGCUUCCCGUGCACCAGAAAUGGCUGUAUUGACAUGGAGCACUUCAAGGUGAUCAAGACACAUCAGAUAGAGGACGAGAGAGAGAGGCGGGAGAAGAAACUGUAUCUGGGCUAUGCACUCCUGGGCGCCCACCCCAUCCUCAAUCAGACCGUCACCCGGAUGCAGCGUGCUGCGGAGGGCAGGAAAGAAGAGGUCUUCACCCUCUACUCUGCUCACGAUGUCACCCUGUCACCAGUUCUCAGUGCCUUGGGCCUUAUGGAAGCCAGAUUCCCAAGGUUUGCAGCCAGGUUGAUCUUUGAGCUCUGGCAAGACAGAGAAAAGCCCAGUGAGCAUUCUGUCCGGAUUCUUUAUAAUGGUGUUGAUGUCACGUCCCACACCUCUUUUUGCCAGGACCACCACAAGCAUUCUUCCAAGCCCAUGUGCCCCCUAGAAAACCUAGUCCGCUUUGUCAAAAGGGACAUGUUUGUGGGCCUGGGGAGUAGUACUAGUACUAAUUAUUAUGAUGCAUGUCACAGGGAAGGAUUCUAAAAGGUGAGCAGCACAGUGCUCAUAGAAUCUAUGCCAAUAGAGAGGGAUGGGAAGGGUCUGAUUCUAGUUCUGUCUGUUGCCAAGGGUUUAAGAUUAUUGACUUAUAAAGGCUAGAAAUUGUGUUUUAGAGCCACGUAGAUGGUUGGGUUGAACAGUAAGUACGUCGCUAUAAUUGGGUACACGAGUUAGUUACUUGGUACGUAAUGGCCAGUUCACAGAGAAAGGGAAGGUACUUUUAUCAGAGCCAGACUUUGCUUACAACGCCAGAAUAAUAAUUCAAUACUCAAAGUUGGCGAUCCACACGUAUAUUAUUUUGAUCCGCCAUGGUACUAUAUGAUGGAACCAGCAAACCUCAGCCCGCAUUUUCUUCACCUGGGACAAUUUUACCUUGUCCUGACUUCAAGGAAACAUUUCCUGAAGUGAUUUAUCUGAAAUAGGGGUCGGCAAAUUUUUUCGGUACAGGGCCAGAUAGUAAAGAUUUCAGACUUUGAGGACCCAAAGGCCACAUACAGUCCUCACUGUUCAGCUCUGCUCUUGGAACAUGAAAGCACCCACAGACAGCACAUAGCCAGACGAGUGUGGCUGUGUUCAUGGGCUGCAGUUGUGCUGACCCCUGACCUCAGAAAACUGGCUCCUCUACAGUUUGCACUUUCAGCGCUUUAAGAAGCAAUUGAACGCAGAGAAUUAUUCAGUGGUGCCUCCAGUAACCUCCACUAGACACACCGAAUUUGGUCUAUAUCUGGUGUUACAAUAAAACUUGAGGGGAAGUAAAUAUCAAAUCCGAAUGAAUCAUAGAAAAAUUGUUAGAAUAAUACUUGAUGUUCAUGAUGAUCGUGAUAGAUGAUAGUUUUAAGUAUGUUUUAAAUAUUUGUCUGCUGUAGUCUAUUUGCUGUAUAUGCUGAGAUUUUUGUAUUCCAUUUAGUAUUUUUAUAGUCUGGGAAAAUAUUUUCUAAGGCCAGUUUUAGAUGUGCUCUUAUUCCUAUGUGAUAUUCAAUUUACUGUACCUGCUUGGUGGUUAGAAGGAAAGCCAGAAGCUGAAUUCAGGCACUUUCUUCCAAUAAAACUAAUUAUGGCCCAUUCCCUUUGACCAGCCCUAGAAUUAGAUCAGUUUUUAAACCAUUUUCGUCAAUUUCAAAUGGUAAAUUCUAACUGAUUUUUAAAUAAGUUUUUGGAAGAACUUUGUUACUAGAUAGUUAAAUAAGCUUUAUAAGGUAUUUUAUAUAUUAGAAGCAAUUAUAAUGAAAUCUGUGGUUUCUGAACUAAAAUGGUGCUAGUUCCUUGUGAAGAAAUGUAAAGUGCAGGUGAGACUUUCCUGUGUCGUUGGCAUUCCAAACUUUUUGUUUUUGUCUAAUGUUGCCUUUGGAUACAUACGUCCAUUUCUAUAAAUAAAUUUUUGAAGAAUACUCGUA